AUGACCUCACCAACUUCAGUCUAGAGGGCGAACUCACUUUGGACAUCUAAGUUGAAGCUCCCUCAUACUGGUAUCUAGGCAGCCGAAAGCUCGUUGACUCCCCAGAACACGGAGGCAUCAAAUAUUACGCCGAAUUAUUCGAACAUCAGAGGGAGAUCUACUCCGUACACGUCAUGAGGGCAUAUCGGACAGCUCUCAGACAGGCGCGAGCCCCUGGCCUCAAGAGUAACACCACAAGGCGUGUCCCGCAACAAUGCUCUCAUUAUUCUAACUAUUCUCGGGGCUCUGUUCCGCCAUCUUCCCCUCCCCCUUCCCCUCCCCCAAGCGGGAAGGCAGCCAAAGUGGCCGGCUUACUGGGUGUCUUCGCCGUAUCUGCUGCUGCUGUCUACUAUUACCCCACCCUCUUCCCGGCCACUGAAGCUCCGAAAUCUGCGGACGUCGGGCCUCAAAAGGCGCGAAUCGAGUUCGAGAAAGCGGAACUACCCACCUCGAAGGACGACGUCGGCUCUCAGCAUAAUCAAGUCCGCGAGAGCUGGGAACACCCCGGUGUCUAUGCAUGGGGAUCCAACACGGGCAAGGUCAUCGAUCCCACUUCCAAGGAGGCAUACGUCAAGCUUCCCAGGAGGAUUCCCUACUUCGAUGGCCAGCUUCUUCGGGACAUCAAGUUGACCCAGGGCUUCGGCGCAGCCGUCACGGAGAAGGGAGAUGUUGUGCAGUGGGGCCUGGGCUGCUGCAAGGACGAUCCGAGCCCCGUGGAGACAUUGAAGGGCAAGGACAUCACCAAGAUUACCGUCUCGGACGAUCGUAUCGUUGCCUUGUCUUCUAACGGCUCCGUCUAUGCGAUCCCCGCUGAACGUGUCGACCAGAAUCCUGGCGCUAAGCUCGAGCCUCAGGCGCAGAAGUCGUCGUGGGUUCCAUUCCUUGGAUCGGCCAUGAACGUCCUGGGCCCCAGCGUCAGGGACUUGACACCUGGUGGUCUCGGGCGGGGAGAGAAGGUCAUCGACAUCAGUAGCGGCCUGCAGCACUGCCUCCUCCUAACGUCCAAGGGCAGGGUUUUCUCCGCAGCGUCCAGCACGUCUCAUUUCCCUUCCCAGGGCCAAAUGGGUAUCCCGGGGUUGACGUGGACCACUCGGCCCAAGGGCCCCUUCGACCAGCCCCACGAGAUUUUCAACCUAAAGGACCACAACAUCGUCAAAAUCGCCACGGGCGACCUCCACUCGGUCGUGCUCGACGGGGAUGGCAGAAUCUUCACCUUCGGCGACAACACGUUCGGGCAACUCGGGUUCCACCCGGAGACCAGGGCUCACUCCAUCGACGUCCCGGCACCAGUAGCUGUGUCGAGACUCUACACCAACACCGGCCUGGUUCCCAAGGUGACGUCCAUCGCCGCCGGAGGACUGACCACGUUUUUCACCGUGGACGCGAGCCAGCCGGCCAGUCAGACCACAAACAAAGAGCUCGCGCCGUCGCGCCGGAUGCCGGGCGUCACGGCCGACACGUGGGCGUGCGGGAACGGCCUCUACGGGUCCCUGGGGACAGGCCGGUGGACGCACGUGUCGUCCGCCCCGGCCAAGAUCAAGGCGCUGUCGUCGCUGUUCGAGUUCGACGAGGCGAGCAACCAGAUGGCGCCCAUCCGGCUGGCCGGCAUGACGGUCGGCACGACGCACGCGGCGGCGACGCUGGACAACGCUACGAGGGCGGAGACGGCGUCGGGGAAGACGGCGUCGGACACCAACUGGGGCGCCGACGUGUUGUUCUGGGGCGGGAACGAGCAUUAUCAGCUCGGUACGGGGAAGCGGGCGAACGUGAACACGCCGACGUACAUUGCGGCGCCGGGCACCGCCGGGUCGGAUGUAUUUCACCGGUUUCAGCUGACGCCCAGGCAGUCCGUCCGCGUGGGGGAGCAGGGGAAGGGAAAGAAGGUGAGCCUUGAACAGAAGGUCGAGUGUGGGCGGUACGUUUCGUGCGUGUACUCUGCCGCGUGAGGAGCUCUGUACAAUACGAAGUACAUUGGGCAGCAGGUGCCCGAUCAGUUGGGAUGGAUGGGAAUACGAGGGGCAUCAAUUGGUUGGAAAGUGUACCAUAUACUACCUUAUACCAUGUAUCAUAGAGGGGAAGGACGUAUUGGCAUCGCAUCGGGCCAUGUUUACGGGAACAAACAGGGCUCAAUACGAGGGGAAGGGGCAGGGCUAUUGCUCCCUGUAUUCUACCAGCACAUGUCCAAACGAGCAACGAGGAGGAGGACACCAACUUGGUCGAAGUCGCAGUGGUUCUCUGUUUAGUUCACUGCUUAUUCUAUUAUUAUGGACAUCUACCUAAGCAUUCGAAAUUGGAAGAGUCCCUAGGGCUGGUUGGUUUUGGUUAGAAGAACACUAGGCCA